GCUGGAGCGGUGGUCGCGGCAGCUGCGGGUUGUGGAGCCGAGCCGAGCCGAGCCAGGCAGAGUCGCACCCGCUCCGAGCCGCCUCUGUGCUGCUCCGCCGUGGCGCCGGCAGCAGCCGCAGCAGGCUCCGGCUGAUCGCAGGGACGAGGGAGAGCUAGGUUAGCGGCUUGGGUUUGCCGGCUGUCCCCCCGCUGGAAGGCCUAGCGAUUUGUUGAUCUCUGUGAAGCUACAAGCGUCAGAUGCUCUAAGAGGAGAUGCCUACGUAACGCACAUUGCCAGCAAUUGUACUAAAUACUUCACUGCUGAACCCGUUGCUCAGGUACCCUGCCUGUCUUUGUUGCUAUGGGAGACUGGAAGACUAUUACUGUGCCAGUGCUGUCAUCAGAUAGCAAAAAUACUUUUCAGUAUACCUCAGAUAAAAGUAUUUCUUCCCCAAGUAUGAACUCACAAGUGCUGCGUUUGUCACUGCCUUCAUCCAAAAGUAUGCAUGACUUUCUCAGUGCCUUCUGCACAGAAGAGAAUAUUGAAGAGAGUGUAUCCUAUCUUGAUAGGGAACUGACAACACUGGGUUUUCCCUCUAUUUAUGCUGAGUCCAAAGGAAAGGAAUUAAACUUAAUAUCUAUCAUAAAUUGCAUGAAUGAAUUGCUUGUACUGCAGCACAAGAACCUUCGAGCUCAGGAAGAAGUAGAAAUGCAGCAUCUAAAACUGGGUAGUGAUAUGGAUCACUUACAGAACUGCUAUGCGAAAUUAAAGGAACAGUUGGAAUUAUCUAAAAGGGAGAUAGUUGGACUUCAGGAAAGAGACAGACAACUGCAAAACAAGAACAGAAAUUUGCACCAGUUACUUAAAAAUGAAAAGGAUGAAGUACAGAAGUUGCAGAACAUAAUCUCAAGCAGAGCUACACAGUACAAUCAUGAUAUGAAGAGGAAAGAAAGAGAAUAUAACAAAUUAAAGGAGCGCUUACAUCAAUUAGUCAUGAACAAAAAGGACAAAAAGAUAGCUAUGGAAGUUCUAAAUUAUGUUGGUAGAGCUGAUGGGAAGAGAGGUGCAUGGAGGACUGAUAAGACAGAAGCCAGAAAUGAAGAAGAAAUGUACAAAGUUCUGUUAAGUGAUUAUGAACAACGCCAAAAACAACUUCUAGUGGAAAAUGCUGAGCUGAAAAAAGUUCUUCAGCAAAUGAAGAAAGAGAUUAUUUCGCUUCUCCCACCACAGAAACAGAAACUUAAAGAACGGCCUGAAGAUGGGCCGGUGCUGUCAGACUUGGAAGAAGAUAUUGGAGAGUUAAAUAAAGAGAAUAUGUGGGAACUGUCUUGUGAAACUGUGCGAGAACAGCUUACCAACAGCAUUAGAAAACAGUGGAGAAUGUUGAAAAAUCAUGUUGAAAAGCUAGAUAACCAAGUAUCACGUGUACAUUCAGGAGCUUUGAAUGAGAGAGAUGUCAUUUCAAGAGAAGACCAUGAGAUGGAAACUGAAAAGCUAGAGCUGGAGAUCCAGCAAUGCAGAGAAAUGAUCAAAACUCAGCAACAGCUUUUACAGCAGCAGCUCAUGUGUCCAUGUGAUGAUGACACCACUGUAUUACUACAGGACUGCUAUUUACUGGAAGAAAGAGAACGUCUUCAGGAAGAAUGGAGACUAUUUCGAGAACAAAGAAAGAAUUUUGAGAAGGAACGAAGGAGUUUUACAGAAGCUGCUAUUAGAUUAGGACUUGAGAGAAAGGCAUUUGAAGAAGAUAGAGGAGCAUGGCUGAAGCAACAGUUCUUAAGUAUUUCUACUGAUUACAAGCACUCUGAAAAUGUGACAACUCCAAGUGCCUUCUUAGGAAGUUCUGACCAAGACAAUCGAUUACUGAAAUCUACAUCUCGACAAAGAAAACCUCACUGUAUGUUGGGUGGUCCUGUUUCAGCAGAACCUUGCCAGAUAUCUCAGUAUAUUGCACGUAACAGUUCCAGUGCUGCAUUAAGAAGACCUGCUGGAGAUAGCAUACCAAAUCAGUGGGUGGAAAGUGACAAACAAACAGAGUAAUGCACAAAGUCAUGGGAAGACUCUGGAGUUGGCACUCUGCUAUGUAGAAAACUUGCACAUAAACUGCCUUAGACUUCCUAGGGUUGCCAGCUGGGUUUUUUUUUGGUUGGAGAUUGGUUCAUAAACUUCUCAUUAUAAAAUGAAACAAUGCCAUGAGUUUGUUCUUCUAGAGGAUUAUGUGGUGAUCUGAAUUGUGGUGUGUAUGUAUGUGUGUGCACAUGGCUUUUAUUUUUUAGACCAUUUUUGCUUCAUUUUCUUGCAACUGUGAAAGAAGAUAAUUUAAAAUAUAUAAAAGCUUUGAUAUUUUUUUAGUAAUAAAGCUCUGAUUCUGUGAAUGAAGCAAUAGUCUGACACUUUGACUGUAACAAAAUAUUGGAUCCUUGUGUUCCUUUUCAUCACAGGCAGAGAUAGCACUUUUAGAAGUUGUUUAAUUAUUGGAAACCUUCAGUUAUGUCUCAAGUGUAACUGGCAUUAAACUUCUUUUGCCUCAACUUGAAUGUACAGCAUACUGUAGAUUUUUAACAAAACAGGUUCUAUAUUUAUUGUGUGAUUUGAAAAUACCUCUUUGAUAUUUCAGAUGACUUAAAGUGCAGAAUCUUUAUAUAUUUGUAAAUAGACAAAGUGGUUAUGCUGAGAAACCAUGAAAUGAAACACAUGCAUACAUAGUAUUAUUUUACAUGGCAUUUUAAAUUUGUUUUAUAGUGAUACUGAGUUUACAGAUGCAUUAGGGCUUUCAGUGGUUCAGUGAGGAACCAGAUUAUUUCAAAUGUGAACAAUAAAUGUGUAAUUUUAUUCUAAGAAA